CGCCUCCUGGCAGAGUUGGCGGGAAAGCGGCCACGGCGUAGCAUGGCGGCGGCGGAGAAGUCACUGUCCUGGGGCGGCCCCGGGGCAGUGCGGCUGCCGCCGUCACCGCCGUUCAAGGUGUUAGCAGCGCAGCUGCGGCGCGAUACGGAGGGCGGCCCGGGCGCGUGGCGGCUGUCGCGGGCGGUGGCGGGGCGCGCGCCGCUGAAGCUGGUGGCCGUGUGGAUGCAGGGUACAGUGCUGGCGGCGGAAGGCGGCCAGGCGCGGCUGCGCGACCCGAGCGGGGCCUUCUCGGUGCGCGGCCUGGAGCGCGUGCCGCGCGGCCGGCCCUGCCUGCUCCCAGGAAAGUACGUGAUGGUGAUGGGGGUGAUUCAGGCCUGCAACCCUGAACCCUGCUUGCAGGCAGUGAAGAUGACAGAUCUUUCGGACAAUCCCAUCCAUGAAAGCAUGUGGGAGCUGGAGGUGGAAGAUUUACACAGGAGCAUUCCUUAGAGCUGUUGAGAUCGUCCAGAAAAACAGCCUUCCCCUUGAAAUGAUUGUGGAUCUCAGGAACAUCUCAGAAGCCUCUUGGAGAGAAUUGCUUUGGUUGAGCUAGACGGUGGGAUGCAGGAAUUUUUAAGCUCUAGGAGCUUGGGUUGAGCCAGUGUCUCCGGUGCCCGUGCUUGGACUGCUUCCUGAUGAGAAGCAGCUGCUGUGGGUUUUUUCCCUUUGUUGUUUGUGUGUUGAUUUCUCUAACGCAGAAUGAACCCAGGACUCUCCUGUUGCAUUUUCUAGAGCUGAUCCAUGAUGACACUUUUCCAUUACUGCACCUCUGCUUUAUGAUGCAAAGUCUGAAUCUCAGCCAUUGGCAGUGGGAUUAAAGUGCAGGCACGGGCGAGGGCUGACUGAGGAAUGACAUUGUGACUCUGGUCUCCCUGUCCUCCAGCCAGCAGCUUCUAGGGGCAGGUACCAGAGCCCCUCACAGACAUGGCUGUCUCUGCUUCCAUACACUCAGCCCUCCUUGCCCGUUUCCCUCAGACACAGGAGGUGAGACCCGCUCUUGAGCAUGGUUGAUACAGUUUCAGAAUUUCUUACUGAAAUUAGAAAUCUAAGAUGAUACCUACUUUUCAAGCAAUUACUAAACCUCUGCUUCAGAACUGUUGGUGAGACACAACCAGGGAGGGAGCUGCUGGCUUUGAGUCCUGACCUCUUUUCUGCAUGAAAUGGCUUCUUCAUGGAAUUGUGGCAAUGUUGGGUUUCUGUACCCUCUUCUUACCCAGACUAGGUGCCUUUGGGUGGUAAAGACCAAGGUCUCGUGUAUGUUCCAGCACUGGUACAGGAUUUGCCCGGACGGCUGAUAUUCUACCACCGAUAGCAUUUUUAUAUGAUGUCCUUUUAAAAACAAUAAUAAACUUGACUGUUUGUUUGUU